UCCCAGCCGUUAUAACCACAUGACUAGGUCAAUAACUGUUCACACUCCUUUCUUGCUCUGAGUUCCACUCAAACUUCUGCCGUGUAGAGUAAUAUGUCUAUGUAAAUUGACCACUACAUUAGUACAUAUCUAAUCUUUAAAGUCCAUAUGUCCUGCUGCACCAGGCCAAUGGAUAUUAUUCUCCGACUUGGAUGUACGAUGACAAGCUUUAAGCCUGGUCAGCAAGGAGUAGGGAAGGUUGGAUAUAUAUGGUUUUGUCCUGAGGCAGUCGUCAGAGGUCACAGACAGACUCCAGCAGUAAAAUCCAUCACAGAAACUAAUCCUAAUGGUCGAUUUUGGCUAAAAUUGGACGGAACUGAUGUGAAAGAGUCCUUACAACAUUCUGUAAAAAAUAUUUGGAAUGGGGAUGUUGACCUAAAUGAUGGGCAGCUUGAAUUAUUACGAGACGAAUACCAAUCUAGACUUGACUGGAUAAACUCCAUACAAUCGACCACCGAAGAAGACCUAAAAACUAGUUCAGAAACAGGCUUGGUAAAUUUAGAACUGGAUGAGAAAUUUCUUCAAGAUGCUUUUAAAAAGGCCACAAAUGAUUUUAGAAAGAAAAUGAAUCAGAAAAAUGCAAAUUCAGAAACACUCAAAGGCCUGAACUGGGAAGUUGUGGAAUGCAACACUCUGCUGCAGCAGUGUUUGGAAUUUAUAUCCAAGCUUAAAAGUGAUUCAGACUCCAGAGCUAAUAUUAAGUCCAUAAGUCAGGAAUAUCCAAUAUAUUUAAAGAACUUAUUCAAGAAGAAGAGGACAGCAGCAACCCACAUACUUGUUAUUGCCAUUUCUGAUGAGCAGAGGAACAUAAAGCCAUAUGCACUUCCAAUCCAGUAUUUACCCUACAAAUCUCUGAGAGACCAGUAUGUUAGAGACAUAACAGAACCUAUUAAAAUUGCUUUAACACUGACUGGAAUUAAUGUUGUUGGUCUUGUAGAGGUCGUCAGAAAAAUGUCAAAAUCAACACUUGAAUCCAUGCCUACAUAUGACGGUGAUGACGAAAAUGGUAUCCCAUUCGCAGAGUUGCCAAACGAAUACAUACCCUCAUAUGUUUUAUUAAACAUUGUUGACAUGUUAAAUGAUGGUCUCACUUUUGAAGACAGCAUUGUUUAUUUGCGUGGUAAACUGGUACCCGAGGGAUACACACCUUACCCAUUCCGCAGGGACACACCAGAAUCCUUCAUUGAUCAGUUAAGAAGCCUAGUAAGCACAUAUGUUUAUAGACAUACUGUCUCCAGUUUAAAAUCAGAGGGGAGAGAUUUCUCACAACACCUGUAUGUGCCAGAAAUUGACAAGACAACGUGCAAUCAACAUCAUGAGAGAGGCGACCAUAACCAUGUUCUGAAGCGCAUAGCUACAUCAACUAGGGAAUGCCGAUAUCAAGAACUGGAUCCGGAGCCAUUUGACAAAGCAUUGUUGGAUCCAAGAGCAGGACUAUCUCAUGCCGCGCUUACUGGACAAAGACCCCAGUCUGUAGAGGAUGCAGAAAAACUGUUGUCUUACCAUGUAGCAGCCAGUAUGCAGCGCAAUGGAUUUGACUGUGAGGCUGAAUAUGCAACAACUGUGGCUGCUUGGCAUGAGGCUUCAGAUGGAAGAGGAAUGGGACAACUGCGACGGUGCAAGGCAAAUUAUCAGAUGUUAAACUACAUUGUAGCAGACCUUAUGCCAUGGUACGAGGAAAAUUAUGACUUCACAUAUAUUGAUGUCAACAGACCAAUGGAUAAUAUUAGAGGGUUUACCAGAGAGACGUUUAUUGAAAUAACAACAAAUAUUGAAAGCCAGGAAGUACGACGCCUGCAAAACGCAGAAUUUGGUUAUCCUGAACACCCAAGGGCUGCUACAACAGAUGAUGUAGAAUAUUUUUUUAGUUUGACGAGACGACAGAUUGGUGAUACUUUUACUGUACCAGAAUUUCAGAACCAAUGGGCAAAAAUAGUUAGAGAAUUUUGCAAACGGUUAGACCCUGAACUGCCUUUCCAUUACUGGAUCAGGAAUGAAAGGUUUAAGACAGAGGAAUCAGGUUUCGAUGACGAUGUUGAUAAGAAGAGACUUCACACAGUACGACACACACAGAGAGAAGAUUGUUCAAUAUUCAUCUCAGGAAGAGCCUUCCUGCCAGCAAGAAACAAACAAGAGCCUUCCUGCCAGCAAGAAACAAACAAGCAUUAGACAACGUUUAUUUCGAGUUGAUGUUGGUUUACCCCCAGUACCCGACAACAUGCAGCCGAAUAGAAGUUAACUUUUUCUGUGUUGUUUUAGGUUUCAGUGGUGUAACUGUAAAUACUGUUUAUCAGAAUUCAAUGUGAUGAAUAAUUGCUGAAAUUGGACAAUUAUUUUAUUCAUUUGUAAUUGUAGUGUAAAAGUAGUGCAAUAUUGUUUUUAU